UUGUAGAUAAAUACAGGAGGCAUUCAUUCAGUACUUUGGUCCUUCUUUUCCUUUAGCUACACAAUUUUUCUUCUCUCUCAACCCUUCGAAAAGUUCACUCAGAUUUCAAAGGUAAUUUCUCUCGUUCCAACAUCGAUUUUACAUUUGCCCUUUUGUGCGGUUUCAUUCGGAGGGGAAUUUCAUUUCACGAUUUGCAAAUGUUACUUUGAUCGAAUCAAAUAGUUUCUGGAAUCCUGUGCAGAGUGCCUAUGCAAUAUGGAUCAAGAAGAUGGGAAGAUUGACCCAGUUCAUCCUACUUAUGUGUCUUCUAAUCCUCCCGCAUCAGGGAAAGAUGAGAUGCUGGGCAUUGAGAAUUCUCUGUCAUCUGGAAAGGAUGAUAUGCUGGGUACUGAGAAUCCUCCAUCUUCAAGAAAAGAGGCUGUGAUGGGUAAUGAGUAUCCUCCAAAAGUGUCGUCUAAUUCUAUGUCAUUAGAAAAAGAUGGUAUAGUGGGCACUGUAAAUCCUGCGGAAGUGUCUUCCAACGCUAUACCUUUGAUAAAAGAUGGUAUGAUGAGCUCUGAUAAUCCUCUGUUAUCUGGAAAAGAUUGUGAGAAGUGUGCUGAGAAUCCUCCUGAAUUGUCUUCUAAUUCUCCAUCGUCAGGAAAAAAUGGCAUAAUGGGCACUGCGAAUUCUCUGUCAUCGGGAAAACAUGAUAUAUUGACCACUGAGAAUCUUCCUGAAGUAACUUUUGGUCUUCCUUCUUCUGGAAAAGAUGAUGGAAAGAAGGAUAUUGAUUCUCCUGAAGGAACUAGUAUAUCAGAUUUGAGUGACAAGAAUACCCCGCAAUCAUUGAAGGCAAAAUCUAGUAUUGUUAAGAAAUCUCAAACUGGUAAGCUUAAGGGGAAGAAGAGCAAUGUUUCUCAAAAGAUUAAUAAAAAAAGAAGAAUUACGACUUCUAAAAAAGUGGUGGAUAAUGCUGGUGAGAAACAAGUUUCAGACGUUAGUGAGCUCAAGGAAAUUAAUGAUGAACCAUCUAAGGGUAAGGGUGAGGAGGCUGAAAAUAAAAUAAAAGAAAGCCAAAAUAAGAGCACUGCCGACAAAAGUCCGAAGGAAGAGUCAGACAGUAGCCAACUGAAGGUUACUGAUCCUCCUGAAGGAUCUAGUAAACCAGAGUUGAGUAACAAGAAUACUCCACAAUCAUUGAAGGCAAAAUCUAAAAUUGUUAAGAAAUCUCAGGCUGGUAAACUCAAGGCUAAGAAGAACAGUGGCACUCAGCAGAUUCAUGGCAAAAGAAGAAUUAGUAUUUCCAAAGACGUGUUGGAUAAUGUAGAUGAGAAACAAAUUUCAGACAGUAGCCACCUGAAGGAAACUGAUAAUGAACCACCGACGGGGAAGAGUCGGGAGGUUGAAAAGAAAGUAACAGAAAGCCAAAACAGGAGCACCAAUGGCAAAAUUCGUAGGGAGAAGAUCCGACAGGCUCGUAAAGAUAAGGCUAGUCAGUUGGAUAAGACUGAGCAAAAUCUAGAGGGUGAAGAGAAGCAUAGGGACUCAAGCAAGGGUUCUAGGAGUAUAAGAAACAAAGUUAGGAGAAGUGACAUGGAAAGGAGUCAAGUAAAUGACAAGAAGGCUGAAAAGCUUGGUGGUUUCAUCUUUAUGUGCAAUGCAAAGACAAAGCCUGAUUGUUUUCGCUAUCGAGUCAUGGGUGUUUCGGCUGGUAAAAAGGAUGAUGUUUUACAAAUCAGACCUGGGCUUAAGCUUUUUCUUUAUGAUUUUGAUCUGAAGCUACUGUACGGUAUUUACAAGGCUUCAUCUUCUGGUGGCAUGAAGCUUGAACCCAAAGCUUUUGGUGGCAAAUUUCCUGCUCAGGUGCGGUUCAAAAUUGCUGGUGAUUGUUUCCCACUACCCGAGAGCAUUUUCAAAAAAGCCAUCAAGGAUAAUUAUAAUGAAAAAAACAAGUUCAGAACCGAACUUACCGUUAGACAAGUGAGGAAGCUCACUCAACUUUUCCGACCAGUUGAAAUUCGUUCAGCUGUGCGCCCUGUCCACUCCCAGCCAAAGUUAAUAAUUCGAGAUAGGGAAUCUCCCGACAAUGUUAGGGGAUCAUGGUCCCGGUUGCAGAGGGAAAACUAUAACGUGCAGUCUCUCAAUAGGGAUCAUCAAUUUGACCAACAAGAGGAAAUUGCUCAUGAUCUGUUUGCAAUGGAGAACAAUCGAGCAUAUGGUCUACCAAGAUAUAGGAGUGUGGCUACAACAUCUCAUGUUAAUCCUAUGUUAGAAUCUUAUGAUAGAGACUAUCAACCCCGUCACCUGGAGCAUGGCUACCCGAGAAAUGUUCCUGCUCAUGUAGAAAGUGUUCGGACUGAUCAUCUUUAUUUAAAUGACAGUAGGGAUUCUCUGUUUUUGAACGAGAGUAGGGAUCCUUAUCAUGUCUAUCGCCAUGGUGUUUCACCUCCUAGGGAUGCAUAUUUGGGAUCUUUAAGCAGGGAGGAAAACUCUUACUUGGUUGGGCGAAGACCUUUUGCUGGGACGGAUAACUUGCCAAGGAGAGAGGCUGAACGAGAUAGGCAUUACCCAAUCUACGCUGCACCUGAUGCUUUGUCUGAUCAUCUUCGGCGGUCAUAUCAUGGAGACAAGUUGGAAGCUUCACGCGCCCCAGUUUCUUCUCGUUACUCUUUUGCUGGUCCUUCAUUUCGUCGCCGCUGACUUAAUGUAUUUCUGAAUUCCUUGUUUUGUGACUCUUUAUCUCUUGAAGUCUGGUGACUGACUGGUAGACAUUUUAAAAGAAAACUGUAUGCAAACGUACUUGAGCACUUCUGCAUUUGGAAAAUAAUAUCUGCCUGCUUAGAUUUCAA